AGUCUUUAUUUUACGCAAUACUGUAGGCUGUGUAACAUUACAGCUGCAUGUAAGCAGACAUACCUGGAUCAGUAUCAGUGCAUACAUUAAUCAUGUUCCCGCAGGAAUCCAUCCGUCACGGAGCCCCCGGCUCCCGCUGCAGCCCGUGCUAAAGCCGGCAGGCCCCUCUCGCCUUCAGCAGCCCGUGCUAAAGCCGGCAGGCCCCUCUCGGCUCCCGCAGCCCGUGCUAAAGCCGGCAGGCCUCUCCCGGCUCCCGCAGCCCGUGCUAAAGCCGGCAGGCCCCUCUCGGCUCCAGCAGCCCGCGCUAAAGCCGGCAGGCCGUUCCCGGCUCCCGCAGCCCGUGCUAAAGCCGGCAAGCCUCUCCCGGCUCCCGCAGCCCGUGCACAGCGGGCAGGCUCGGCCUGCGGGCCCUGAGAGCGCCGGCCCUCAUUCCCCCCGUGCUUACUGCGGUAUUUCGCAGCUCCGGGACGCCGACUGGGGGGCAGGGAGUGCCAGCGGGAGCUCGGAGGCGCGGGGCGCACCAGGCGGGCACACGGGGAUCCCCUCACGCCGCAUCACCGCGCCCCGGGCCCGCCGAGUCCCGCCCGUCCGCGGCCCCUGCCACCGCCGGAGCCACCACCGCGCUCAGAGCGCGCGGAGGUUUGAACCGCGCCGGCCGCCGUAUGCGGGAGGUGCCACUGCCGCUUCCGCGAGAGGUGGCCUCCGACGCGCAUGGAGGUGCCCGUCGUCGUGCUCCUGUUCCUCCUCCUCUCCUUACUGCUUGUCCCGCUGGUGCUCUUGGAUAGGAGGCGCCGCGGCCGGCGAACACCUCCGUUCAGUCUCCUGGUGGUGGCCGGCUCUGGUGGGCACACAACAGAAAUCCUGAGGUUACUUAGCUGUUUGUCAGAGUCGUACUCUCCUAGACAUUAUGUUUUGGCAGACUCAGAUAAGAUGAGUGAAGCUAAAAUACAUUCUUUUGAACAAAAAAGGGCUGAAACAUUCUCCAAGUCCCAGUUCAGCCUGGAUCGCAUUCCCAGAAGCCGGGAGGUUAGACAGUCCUGGAUCUCCUCUGUGCUAACAACACUAUACUCCAUACUUUACUCCCUUCCUCUGACCUACAAACGGAAACCAGAUUUGAUAUUGUGCAAUGGACCAGGAACAUGUGUUCCUGUCUGUUUAUCUGCUUUUCUGCUUGGCCUUCUACAAAUAAAGAGAACAGUUAUUGUGUAUGUAGAGAGCAUCUGCCGUGUGGAAACUUUAUCCUUGUCUGGAAAGAUUCUUUACUACUUUUCAGACUAUUUCAUUGUUCAGUGGCCUGAUCUAAAGAAAAAAUAUCCCAAGUCAGUGUAUCUUGGUCGAAUAGUGUAACAACAGAAGACAAGCUAAACUUUACCUGAAAUAGACUCUACAAGCUCCUCACUUGCAUUCCUGUAGUAAUUUGUUUUCAAGAAUUCCUGUUACAAAAUUAGGCUGGUACUUUAAAAUGAGACAAAAAAGUUUUCUCUACAUUUAAGUAAAAUUUGUGUGUAUUUGUAUUUAUUGCUGUCAUGUAGUUCUGUUUGCCAAUAACUCACAGUGGCUCUAAGUCUAUCCCGUCUCUGUUUUCAUCUAGUUUUUCUGCUAUGUGAAUGGUAAUUUUUGUCUACAAAUAAAUAUGGGAAUUUGUAUGAAUGUAACAUUUCCUGUAAGGAAACUUUGUGUCAUUUUUAAAAUUGUAAGCAACAAAGUCUUUUUCUAGCACAACAGAUUUUAUUUGCUUUAUUCUAGUGGUGAAGUCCCUUGUGAAUCCUUAGAGUAUAAAGAAAACAGUUAUAUUAAGUUGGCUUCAUGACAGUUUGUACUUCACAGUCUUCCAAAACCCCCAGAGCAUUAAACCAGUAUCAUUUUUCCUCUGGUCUUGUCAAAGCCGUCCUUAUAAUAUCUUGUGUACCUUUUGAAAAUUGUUGCUCACUUCUUAAGAUGAAUAAAAAGGUGACAAGUGUGAUGCUA